AUGGAUGAGAAGAAGAGAUACGCAUGGCUGGAAAUGUAUUCAACCAAGAACAACACAAUGAUAUACGAUGAUCUUCAUGUAACAGAACCAUUUAAUGAGUUCUUUGAGGGUGUAUUGAAGAUAAGUCCAAGUUUAAAUAUAAAAAUGUUUUACAUUACGUCUCUGCAUAUAAUAGGUCUACUAACCAUACAGAGGCGGAUACAAAGAGCAAUGGCUCGGAAGGAGCCCAUUACAGAAAGAGAAAAUGGUAUUCUAAACUUGCGCACAAGCGAGCUAUUCUGGCCUGUCACAGAAAAUAUUCCAAAGGCCUUUUCAUUUGCUUUAGUUCCAGAGCUCUCUGUGCCCAAGGAGUUCUAUUUGGACUUAGAGGAGAUCUUGUCUGAAAUUGUCAAAUUAAAAAAAAUGAACAACUUUUCGCAGAUUGAGUAUGCUCAAUACAAGAUACUCGUCCGUGCGCUGACAAAUGAGGAGGUGCGCAACCGAUACUCUUUUUUCAAAGACAGAUUUUCGUACCAAGUUCUGCAGCCGGUGUUCAAAAUGUUUAUGCGAAUGAAAAAGAACGUCAUUGCAGAGAGCUACUACAGAACCUAUGAAAUGGCAUACUUCCUAAAUCUGUACUACAAAGAGCGAUUCUUCAAUAACCCGCAGCCUAUUGCCAUGUGCGACAUAGACUUUUUGGUAGAGACAGAAGGUGGCAGAAAGGAUGGCAUGACGCUAGGCCCGGAUAGCAGUGAAGACUAUGAAAAGCGAGUUAUAGAUAGAAAGUUUGUGCUGAUUAUGCAUGCGCUAAUCAACAAAUUUAUGAAGCAAGCAAACAUUUCAAAAAAAGUGGAAAUAUACACAGUAAACAUACUACAGAUUUUUCUGCAGAAAGAACAGCUGCUUGGAUACUUUAAGGACUUCUCGGCUGAAGUUCUUAUCAUUGGGUUCACAUACAUAGCUCUCAAGGUACACAAAAAGUACUUGCCUAUUCAAAAGAUACAUGAGAUAUAUAGAACACUUGGGUUUAUUCGCCCGUUUUACAUAGAAGAGAACCGAAGACUGCGCAUUACAAUAGAGGAGGUGAUUAAGAAUCUGGUUGUAAAGACAUAUAAUAUUCUUCUACCAUCGAUACUUAAGAAUCUCACGCUCAAGCCAACGACAACACCAAAAAGCGAAAGGGUGGCAGAGGAAUCGCCAUCUAUAAAAUACGUGCUGUCCCCGCUUCCAGGAAGAAUGAGCAAAAUUAUUCCAGUUCCAACCACAUCAAAAAAGAUUCUGUUUCAAGAGAAGGAGGCAGAGGAAAUACUGUAA